CGCUGGAAACCCCAAAUUUAUUCCGUUAAAAAUGAGGUCAGGCUCAUUUUUGAGGAGCUCCCAGAGAAGUCUGCUUGCACCAUGAAGACCUCAGAUAAAAACGGUAAGAAUCACCAAGAACGUGCCGAUUCCUCGCCUCGCCUCCGAGAAGACGACCCCCUACCGACACCUAACGUCACCCCGCCCGUCUGCCUGCCGUCUCCUCCUUUAAACCCCUCUACUCCGACUAGUCAUUUGAGCAAAUGCGGGCUCAGGCGAUAAACAUACUCAGAGAGAAAGUGGACAGAGCCAGAACGCAGACUCCAAACCUCACCUAGACUGUACCUACUCCAACUGAAGGAGAACAGAGAGGAGGACGCACAGCGCACAAGUGCAGGCGCGUCUCCGUGUGCCAACAGAAGAAGGCAUCCGGCGGGCAAAGACAGCAGAAAUACAUGGGAUAAGAGUUCAUCUCGACAACUCUUUUAGGAAAGCGCAUAGCUUAGUUAGUUGAUAGUCUAAAUGAGUAGAUGGUAAAACGAGUCAUGCAUCUCAACAGAGAAGAAGACAGCAAUAAAGGCUCAGUGUCACUCAGUGUACUCCUGCUCUCUGUUGCAGUCGUAGUAUGUGCCGUUUGGCUUGUAGCUUUAUGUGGCAUCUGCACCUGGUGUCAACGUAAACUGGGGAAGAGGAAUAAACCGGGGAUGGAGGCUGCCAGCUCUCCAGAUUCUGUGAGAGGUCGAGGGGAAAAUAAAGCCAUCAACGAUCUAGACAGAGACUUUUGGAAUAACAAUGACAGCAGCAACGUACAGCAGAGGUGGAGCUCCUACCCGCCCAAGGAGUUCCUCCUAAAUAUGUCUCCCUAUGCUCCCUAUGGAGACCCACGCCUCACUCCCAAUGGGUCUGUGGUUAAGGGUGGGCAGGGCGGAGCUGGACCCUCACCUGGGGUCAGUGACAGCGGGGGUGGCGCUUGCUCCAGUACAGGGGCAGGGCCAAGUCGCAGCGACAGCAUUCGGAGCAUGGUGACGGGGGGCAGCAAGGCCGGGCGCUGGCAGAUGGUCCAGAGCCACAUGAAUGCCGGAGCCCUGCGGUUUGGCAAUUUUGGGGACACCUCCCUCUCAUCCGCCUCCACCCUGGAGCACAUCCCAUCCUCGGCAGUCGCUCGCCCCCGCCCUCUGGUGCGCCAGCAGAGCCUUCAACAGCCUCUCACUCACCGGCCCCCUCCAGGUCCCAACGACCCACCGGUAACCUCACAGAGUCUGGGCCAGCUGCACACAGGUCCAGGCGGCGGGGGGCACCGUGGGGGCCCGCGGGGGGUCCGGGGGAGUCCGGCUGGAGCUUCCAGGCAUAGAGGUACUGGGGCUGGACGAUCACGGUCAAAUCCAGGAAGCUGGGACCAUAUGAUGGAGCAGAUACGCCACAGAGGUCUGGACGUCAAGUCAUUCCUUGAGGGGAAGAUGGUUGUUCUGUCUCUAGCAAUCGGGCUGGCUGAACAGGAUGACUUUGCCAACCUCCCAGAUCUUCAGGAAGCUCCGGCAAGCAAAGAAAAUGAAACUACACCAGAGAAAAGAACUCCAGGAAACAAACCAGGCAGCAGCCCCAGAGGGCAGACCCCAGAUGAAACCGGACGUCGCCAGGGGCAGAACCACGAAGCCAACUCUUCUGUCAAUGAGUUGGCCAACUCUGUCACAAGUGACAUGCUCAUGCUGUCUCCAGGUUCUGAAGAGGAUGAACACGAGGGUCCGGUGCUUGAGAAACUUGGUCGCAUCCAGUUCAGCGUUGGGUACAGUUUUCAGGACUCGACUCUCACUGUCAAAAUUCUCAAAGGACAAGAUUUGCCUGCUAAGGAUUUUUCAGGCACAUCAGAUCCUUUUGUGAAAAUCUACCUUCUGCCAGACAAGAAGCACAAAUUGGAGACAAAAGUCAAGAGGAAGAAUCUAAACCCCCACUGGAAUGAAACAUUUUUAUUUGAAGGUUUUCCCUAUGAAAAGGUGGUUCAAAGGACACUCUACCUGCAGGUUCUUGAUUACGACCGAUUCAGCAGGAACGAUCCCAUAGGGGAGGUGUCCAUCCCCCUCAACAAGCUGGACCUGGCUAACAUGCAGACUUUCUGGAAGGAGCUGAAACCAUGUAGCGAUGGCAGUGGAAGUCGAGGAGAUCUACUAGUGUCCCUGUGCUAUAAUCCCACAGCCAACACCAUCACUGUGAGCAUCAUCAAAGCACGCAACCUCAAAGCCAUGGACAUUGGAGGCACUUCUGACCCCUAUGUUAAAGUGUGGUUGAUGCACAAGGACAAACGCGUGGAGAAGAAGAAGACGGUGGUAAUGAAACGGUGCCUGAACCCUGUUUUUAAUGAGUCUUUUCCCUUUGACGUGCCGGCCCACGUGUUGAGGGAGACCACCAUAAUUAUCACCGUCAUGGACAAGGACAGACUCAGUCGCAAUGAUGUCAUUGGAAAGAUUUAUCUUUCAUGGAAGAGUGGCCCAGCAGAGGUUAAACACUGGAAAGACAUGAUAAGUCAUCCUCGUACCACCGUGGCCCAGUGGCACUCUCUCAAAGCCUGAGGGGCCCAGGAGCCAAACUGUCUAAAGUGUUACCCCACCCCACCCCACCAGGAAGUCAACGUGAGCGUCUCAGCACACAUCCCUUCUCCCUAAAUGCAGUGUUGGGCUGUCGACCAUGUAUCACCUCUUUGUUCUCAGGCCUCUUUGAUAUUCCUCGCCCUCAGUCCUUGUGAAUCAGCCCUAAAAUUGCACCACCUUGUCAAGUUCUGAUUGCCACCUGACUCUUUUACAUCGGCCUGAAUGAACUUCAAAAUGUCUUUGAUAUCUUAGCUCCCUUGUGCCCUCUUUCUGUACCAUUUAUUUCCCAAGAUAUCUUUCAGUCUUUCUUCCAUCAUAUCAGCCAUUCCUAGAGCCUAACAUCAGAGCAGUAGCUCUUGCUACCCAUGGAUACAAACUACCAACCAAAAAUGAAUCAAACUGAUAGUCAAAUCAUCCUCUGUGGCAGCAAGAGGGACUGUGUUUGAGCAUAAGGGUGACCUGUGGGAAUCAUGUAUCACUUCACAUCUGAUAUCUCUGCUCCUUCUAUUUCCAUCUCUGAUCCUGCAUAUCUUCAAAAUGCCUAAAAAAAAUAAAAAAAAUCAGGAAAUGAAGGAGUGACGGACUGAAUUUCAAAUGGACUGGAAGUGGACUCUGUUGUUUAAAUUUUCUUUGAACGUUUCCCCUUCUCACUGCCACCACUGUAAUUCUCCCAUGGCUGGAACCCUUUAGUCGUCUGUGCGUGAUGUGCGUGACGUGCCGUAAUCCCAAAUGAUGUUCAACCCAAAAAAAAGGAGGCAUGGACAUGAACAUUUAACACUGGUCUGAAAAGGCAAGUGUGGAAGAUAUGUUUCCAUUUAGAAAAAAAAGAGGAGUAAAGUGAUUAUUGUACCUUAUUUUAUUUUAUUUUUUUAAAGAAAUCCUCCAGAAAGAAAAUAAGCAAAAAGCCUCUCCCAUUUGUGUGGUAGUGUGGAUACAUUUAUGUAUGUAUGUGUGUAUGAGGGAGUAUUUUAGGCCUGCACUGCCAAAUGGAGAGAAAUAAAUAUCCUUAUCAUGAUAAAUUAUGAAUUCAGGCAGAGCUUUGUAAUUUCCACCUGGUAUAUAACUAUACUUUUGUCACGCUUCAUUCUGAUAGAGAUGUGCAAAAAGCCUUAAAAUAAAUUCCUGUUUUUUUUACAGCAGAAAAAAAUGCUGCAGCUCACUAUCCAAAUAAUUUUUUGAUGAAAAAAAAAAUUGGGGUUUGAUUUUUGCUUCCCUUAACCAUCCUACACUCAAGAGUGGAUGCAGAAUAAACUUUGGUCUUUGGUUUAGACUUUGUUCUAGUUGGUUUAGACUUUUUAAAACACUGCUUCUGAGUUUUUAUAUGAGAAAAUGUGAGCUAAACAAUUUUUGUGUAGCUAUUUCUUGAUUUCUAAUUUCCGGCACAUUUUCCGGUGUUUAUUUUGAGCAGUGACUCAAAUAAUCAGGAGAAGUUAUUGCAUAUCAGUUCUUAAAAGAACUUACCUAUUAUUUUACAUAAACUUGUGUUUUUUGUGUGUGUGCACAUAAUACAAUGGAUUUUGUCACUGCAGCAAAAGAAGAAUUAUUUAAUGGCUGUUUACACUUUGUUAGCAGGUUUUGAAUUUUUAUCAAAUCUAUAUGUUGAAAAAAUGUAUUGCAAUGACCUCAAUCACCCAAUUAUCACAUCAUAAUGAUGUUAGAAAUUUCUUAGUAGAGAGUACAGAACGUAUAAAUGUAUUAACUGUCAGAUUAUAGUGGAUCCUUAAAGGUGUAUGGUUGAAGCAAAUUUGUCAUCUUGACAAUAAUCCUAAUAUUUUUUUAACUUAGUAUUUUUUUAAGUGAUAAGUCUUAAUAAAAAAGGCCAAGCAUGAUAAUGAUAAACUAUGUUAAUUAAUGUAAGUUGCAUUUAAAUACAAAAUCACUGCCAGGACAAAGAAAGAGAUAGAAAGACAAAUUACAAACUGGAUAUUUAUUAAUGGAAAGUGUUACAUGAAACACACCCAAAUAGCAGCAGGUGAGGUAGACACAUUAUUAAAUAUAAUAAUACAGAAAGGUGGCUGGAGGUCCUUUCUUUCUUGUUUAUAGCUGAUGUUGAGCUUAGGUUUUUCCACUUUGACGUAAUGAGCUUACAGGGAUUCACUGAAAAGGAAAAAUCUAAGUAAAUCUUUUUUUAUAUUUUCCUUUUCUUGUUUUCUAAUUAAAUACAGACAGGCAAUAAAACAGAAACUAAAUGAUGAAACAAUGACACAUUCCAGUAAAUCAAAACCACACUGUGCUCGUUAAGCACUGAUGGACUGAGCUGUGCCUUAAAGCACAGCAGUGCAUUGCCCAGACUCAGUUAUAGCUGAUUUUGUUUGGGCUUAGGGUCUGAUUAAAGUACUGGUCGGCUUCCUCUGUGCUUGUUUUACUGCCUGAGCUUGACCUUCAUCAAGCCCCAUAGAGGGAUGUAUUGAUCACUUGAGUGAAAACAAAUUAGAAUAAUCAAAUUUUAGGGGAGGGGAGAACUUUUACAUUCCACAGUUUGUGUUGGUUUGUGCUGGAGGCGUGUACAUGAAUCUUCACUUUGUGUGAGUGUCAGUGUUCAGACUUUCUACUCUGUGUGUCCACAGUAAGUUUGAAUUUACCAUUUUGACAUUGAUUGACACUGUUUACUGUUUUCUAAAUCUGUAUAAAUUUAAAUGUACAAA